AUGACUGACACUCCGAGAUCCGAGAACCAGACAAGGUUCAGCACCCCGGUGUCUGACCUCGACGACCACCGCCACCAGCCCGUAUCGCUCCCACGAGCCGAUGCCACGUCACCCCCUAGGUCGCGCCGACCAACUUUCGCAAGUGUCCAGGGCCAAGACCGACCCAACAUACUCCUCCAAGUCAACGAGGCCCUCGAGGCAGACAUCACUCGGCGCGAUUUCGAAAGCGCCGUCGUAGACGAUGACCAAUACUUGGCUCCCGAUGCCUACAUCCGCCGCGGUUCUCUGGCGCACAGCCCACAGGCCCGUCGAGAGACAUUCAGGCGCCCGCGCGACCCGGCAGUCGAGCGCCUGACUAGGAGCAGGGCUUCGUCGACCACUUCGCGCUCCGUCUCCCCUCCCAACUCUGUCGACGCAUUCGCCGGCCCUAGGCGCCGCGACCGUGCCAACACCCUCCAGAGCCACGCUGGUUCCGAGCUCGAGCUGGGAUUGAACAGGACGCUUUCUCGCGGCACUGCACGCCGUCCGACAAUCAGCGACGAGCGUCUCGAUGAGCUGCACAACGUUGAAGUUGCAUCUGCGCACAGCUCUGCCGAGGAGGAUGUGUGCUUCCCUGUGGCCGAGGAUACUGGCAAGACUACCAGGUUCGACUACGAAGAGUUGGAGGAGUUUGUCGCAGAGGCUCAUGAGAAGACGCCCAUCGGCCAGCCUCUGCGUCACAAGGCGAGCACCGCUUCCAACCUUUCGACAAAGCCCAAGGUCUUCUCCGAUCUCCGCCCCAAGUCCAGCCGGUCAGGAACGCCCAAGACAGACAGCGACGCUUUGAGUCUUAAGAAUGCAGACCCUGCGAUCCAAGAGAAGCUCGCCGAGGAAGGUCUGUCACACGUGUUCGCGGAGAAGCCGACGCCAGAGGUGAAGCUCAACCGCUGGACGUUCUUCUCGUCUGAGUUGGACGACACGAUCCAUGCUGCCGAACUGGGCGGCCUGCUUAUGCCUGGCGAACGCUUCCGCGAUCUGUUUGACACCCCAUCAGACGGCGGCGUCUGGUGGCUCGACAUGGUCAACCCUACAGAAGAGGAAGUCUUCGCCAUCUCCAAGGCUUUCGGCGUGCACCCUCUUACCCGUGAGGAUAUCUGCGUCCAGGAGCCGCGCGAAAAGGUGGAGCUGUUCCAUCAAUACUACUUCGUCUCUUUCCGUUCCUUCUUCCAAGCCGACAAGGAAUCGGAGGAAUACUUGGAGCCUGUCAACUUCUAUGCUGUCGUGUUCAAGGAGGGCAUUCUAACUUUCACUUUCUGCGAGAGCCCACACACGUUUUCUGUGCGCAAGCGUAUCAGCCGUCUUCGCGACUACAUCAACCUCAACGCUGACUGGAUCUGCUACGCCCUCAUCGACGACAUUGUCGACAGCUUUGCACCUGUCAUUCGGGGCAUCGAAGAUGAGGCAGAUGCGAUCGAGGAUCAGGUCUUCACUGCGCGCAUUGAAGAUUCUCGCGCCAUUCUUCGAUCGAUCGGCGACUGCCGCAAGCGCGUCAUGCAGCUUCUGCGUCUCUUGGGCGGCAAGGCAGAUGUCAUCAAGGGUUUCGCCAAGCGUUGCAACGAGUCGUACAGCGUUGCUCCUCGGGGUGACGUGGGCAUGUACCUCAGCGAUAUCCAGGAUCACGUCGUCACUAUGAUGUCCAACUUGGCUCAUUUCGAGAAGAUGCUCAGCCGCGCACACUCCAACUACCUUGCGCAAAUCUCGGUUGAUCAAGUCAUUCAAGGCAACGACAGCAACGCUACGCUUCAGAAGGUUACAGUCAUCGCUACCAUUCUCGUUCCGCUCAACUUGAUUUGUGGUCUGUUUGGUAUGAAUGUGAAGGUUCCUGGUCAGGAUGGCAGCCUCGGAUGGUUCUUUGGCAUUAUUGGUGUUAUCGUCCUUUUCGUUGCUGUCUGCUUGGGGGUUGCUAAGAGGAUGCGUUACAUUUGA